CUCCCCAUGCUGUCAGAACAUGCCUAGCCUAGUUCUCCCCACAGUGCCAAGCCAUGUCACACAGUGGGGUGCAUCAGCUUCCAGUCAGACCGAAGAGACACCUUUCAUGGCUAGCGGUUUCAUCACAUUACACAAGACAGGCAGACGGACAGACGGCAGGACGGACACGCGGGCGGCGGCUGUGAUUGGCGGCUCGGCGGCAGGCUGGUGGAAGAUGUCGUCGGGAGCCGGUGGGAGGGGUGGGCGGCGGCUCAGGGGUGGGGGGGGAGGGGAAGCGGCAGAGGAAGGCCCAGUGGGCAUCCCCUUCCCCGAGCACAGCGCAGACAUCCUGGGCAGUCUGAACAAGCAGCGCCUCAGCGGCCUUCUGUGCGACGUGCUCCUGAUCACCCAGGAGAGGGAAUUCACUGCCCACCGUUCGGUCCUGGCCUCCUGCAGCUCCUACUUCCACAAGUUGUUCACCUCGGGCCCGACCGCCAGCCAGCAGAACGUCUACACCAUAGACUUUGUGGCGGCCGAGGCCCUAGGCGCCCUGCUGGACUUUGCCUAUACAGCCACGCUAACGAUCAGUCACAGCUCCGUGGGAGACAUCCUGGCUGCCGCCCGCCUGCUGGAGAUCCCGCCCGUCCAGGAAGUCUGCACUCACCUGCUGGACACCAAAGUGCUCUCCCCGCCGGCGGGCAGUGAGCGAGGAGAGGAGGAUGAUGAUGAUGAUGAGGGGGAUGGUGGGAAGGGUGGAGGAGGAUGGGGGCAGCAGGGGAAUCGACUGCGUGCCCGGGAGUAUCUAGAAUACUUCCAGAGAGGGGCCCACUGGAGCAGCAGCUGCAGCACGCCAGAGCUCAGGGACAUGCCCACACACCUGCACUUUAACCAUGGCAAUGGGUCCCACAGCAACGGGGUCCCCGGGGGCCCCAGCGAGUUCUGCUCUCCCCUGGACCUUGCCCAGGCCCCCACACAGGACCCAGAUGAUGAUGAGGAGGACGACGAGGAGGACGAAGUAAAGGUGGAGCACUCUGAGAACCGCAGGGACAUGCUGACCUGGGCCAGGGGGAAUGGAGGGGGGCCAGGGGCCUCUUUCUACGCCCCUGCCCAGAACGGCCAUUUCUUCCUCCCCACGAAGCCCAAACUGGAGCCGGAGGAGGAAGAGGAGGAAGAUGGCAUGCGGGAUGGGGAGAGAGGCUCGGCCAGCGCACUCCUGCAGCAGAUGAUGGACUCCAUCGAGAGGCAGAAGGAGCGGGCCGCGGCCGGUGAGGAGCUGGGGGAGGGGGAGGACCCGGAUGUGGAGUUUUACUUGAAUUACUUUAACAGCACACAGCAUGAAGACGCCGCCGUCUCACAGGGACUGCUGCCCCUCUGGGCGACACGGGGAGGCUCCAGCCAAGAUAGAGGGGGAGGAGAGAGGGGAGGAAGAGGAGGAGGAGGAGGAGAAGAGAGAGGAGGGGGUGGAGGGGAGAGGAAGAUGCGCUCCAAGGCCUUCCAGAAGUGCCCAAUCUGCUCCAAAGUCAUCCAGGGUGCAGGCAAGCUACCCCGCCACAUCCGCACGCACACGGGAGAGAAGCCCUACGAGUGCGCCAUCUGCAAAGUGCGCUUCACCAGGCAGGACAAGCUCAAGGUUCACAUGCGUAAGCAUACGGGAGAGAAGCCUUACCUGUGUACGCAGUGUGGUGCUGCGUUCGCCCACAACUACGACCUGAAGAACCACAUGCGCGUGCACACAGGCCUGCGGCCCUACCAGUGCUCCAGCUGCUUUAAGACUUUUGUGCGUUCAGACCACCUGCACCGCCACCUCAAGAAGGACGGCUGCAACGGUAUCCCCUCCCGCCGGGGCCGCAAGCCUCGGGUACGGGACCCCGGGCUCCUGGAGGCCUCCAUGGGGCUGGUGGGCCCCGGCCCUCGCAGUGGCAGGGAGAGACGGCGCAUGGAGGCAGCCUCGGCAGAGGGGGCCUCCAGAGUCCAUGCACACAGUCCCCAGCCCCAGGAGAGGCCAGAGGAGCCGGGGCACUGAGGCAGGGAGACAGGGAGGGACGCUGGACGCCAUAGUCAUACUUGGCCCCUGGAGGGGCCGCUGCCGAAACAAGAGGAGAAAAAAAACACGCUAAGGCAAAAAUACAAAAAACACAACUAACUAUUUCUCUAUAAACCAAAUCAGGGUGUCACAAAUCUAAUAUUUUCAGUUUAUUUUAUUUCUUUGCUUUAGGAAACAGUAGACACAACAGACAAACAUGAGUCAGUGUUCUGUUAAAUAGCAAGGAACGCUUCAAAUCACACACCCAUGAUGUCUCCUUUCUGGGUCAUUCCUGUCUGAUCUAGGUUUUUAUACAUUUGGCAAAAAUGCUUUAAAAGCAUAACAAAACAACAGAAAACCCUGAGCAAACUAUGCAGUUAAAAUAGGUUUUGAAUUCAGAGCCAAGCGAUGAGGUGUCCCACACCUACUAACUGCUGCAGGGGUGAACUGAGUGUAAUCUCUCAUAUUCAGAUGGAAAGCAACCAAUCUUUUUCUAUUCUUUUGCAGUUCUAAAAUGUACAGUUACCAUAGAAACAGUAUUGUCAGAAUAUGGCAAUAUAUGCAAGAUUAACUUACCCACACCUCUGAUGCAGCUUCCUUUUUUCUAAAGGCUUCAGAAAGAAUCAGACAAGGGUUUGAUUUAAGUGUUACUUACUCGAUAAAAUAUAUUUUAAAAAUCUAUGGUUCAUCUUUUUUAAAUGUCGAGUCGAAUCCACGUUUGGGGGGCUCUUCCAUUGCAGGGGUAGGGAACGCGAGGGGAGGAGGGGGUGUGUUUCUGAAGCACUACCAUGGCCAUGGUGCCAUUCGGCUUGACCACGUCGUUGACUCUUAGCCCUCACAACCCUGACAUUUCAUUUCUAUUUUCUUUUUGAUUUGUCUUUGUUAUUGUUGUUUGUCCCUUUUUGAGUGACUGCUUUGGGUACUUGACACUUUAUAUUUGUAUACAUGCGUGUGUAUAUAUAUAUAUAGAUAUACACAUUAGGUGGUGAUGAUUUAAUGCUGAGGUAUAUUAGCUUACCAAUCGGGGUUUCCUUCGGCUUGACGUCAGAUUUCUCACAGAGUGAAGCUUGUGGGUAAAAGAGAAAGGAAACUAUAUGAAUGUUAGAAUAUAUUGAAUUUAGAAACCCAUUGGUCCUAAACUUAACACUUGAUUGAGAUGUAUAUAGAGUUCCUGCCUGAAGGUAGAAGCGAUACUAUGUGGUUAACUUUGUGCAGUUCUGACAGGAUCUGUCCUCUAACCAACAGCAGGUUGAAAGAGGAAAAGCAGGGAUAGACCGAGAUAUAUACGUUUGCACAGCUUCACUAAAGAGAUCCCACAGAGAGAGGUAUAUUUAAAGGAGGUUGUUGAGAAAAGGUGUGUAUUAGUGCUUAUUCCAAUCUUUUUUGCCCUAGGGACCACGGAACCAUGAGGCAACCUGUGUGAUGAAGAGAGCAAUAAAUACCUGUCCAAGUUGGGAGGCCAAAUAAGCACACAGCUGCAGGGUGAGGCAGGUUGAGGGGAGGGGGAUUUCACAAUGUCUGUUGCAUUCCAAAAUAUAAUCUCCCCGGCACAGCCACUUUUCCAGGCAGAACGGGUUCAAAUCAGACAUUUUCUCUCUCUCACUUUAGUUCUCCAUAGCCCCAAAACCAGCCUGUGCAGUACAUGGUAUUAUAGAGCCCUGGGCAGAGGAGGUCUGGUCGGUGGCUGACUGGACUGCUGCUAGGUGUUGGUGUGUUUGGCAGCCAGGGUCUUUUCUCUGACUCACUCACUAGACUUGGGCUGGGAGUGUCAGCAGCUCCUCCAGUUGUGGACACGUUGAAACAUGCUCCCCAAACUGCCAGUGCACUAAAAGCCAGGCAGCCAUUAUAGUGGGUAAAAAACAUGAGGGCAGCCACCAGAGAUCUUGGGGUGUUGCUCCACAGCCUUAUGAUGUGUGUUUGGAAACGGCCACUGGUUCACAUAGAUCUGAACACGUUUGUCUUUGUGUUUUGAGUCGCUUGGCUUGUCAACUCUGUUUUUAACCAUACUUGUACACUGGUUUUGGGGCAAAGGAGAGUGUGCCGUGCCGGUGACUGUAGAUUGAAUUCCCCUGCCAUUGCUGCAAUGCUGUGUCCUUAGUAUCAGUCCUUUGCACCUUAAUGGGAAAGAAGCAGGUUCUGAAUGCACUUUGUUACUGAGAAAGGCACUUUUGUCAAAGAAACGGGUACUUUGAAACAAACUAAGGUGAAUUAGCUUAAUAUCCCCAUCGCAAGUGGUUCCGUUAAGCUUGUUCUCUGGUUUUGUUCAGUUUUUGACGACAAGCUGCCAAAAAAGAAAGAUGUAUGCGUGUUUCGGGUCUCUUAAGAGAAGUCAGGCGGGUUCAAAAAACGAACAAUGUUUUGUGACCUUAAAAACAUUUUUUUUUUAAAGACAAAAUAACCCCAUGUAACUGAUUGCACUUGAAGUUAGGUUUGGUAAAACAAGCUCUAGUGAGUUGUCUAUGUUCAUGUCUUAAUGCAGAGUGGGGGGUGGGGUGUGUGUGUGUGUGCAUGGCUGGAGGGUCUCAGGGCAAGCCUGGAUAAACAAACUCUAUCUCCACCCAUCUGUUCACCAGCUCCCUUCAUAGCUCCACAUAUUAUCACAGAGAAGAGAACGCAGUCAGACACUCUCAGACCAACUGCACGGCAGUUCAAUCAUACACAGAUAGACCCUUUUCCAAGUAGUGGCUAACUAACGGUGUGUGUGUGUGAGUAUACUUGAAACUUCCACACACCCCCAACCAUCUUUUCCAUCGCUUUUCACUGCUUUGUAUUCUGUUGAAAUCCUUAUUUCCCUGGGAUGUUGACUCCUUCUCUUAGAAGAAUGCAAAUCAAUAGUCUGUCAAUAUUUGAUAUACACAGAUCAAGUAGAAGACAAGGAGGUAGAUGAGAGGGGUUGAUAUGUAUAGCCUGACAGCCAGGAGCUCAGGAUAAAGUCAUGUAUAUGAAUAGGUCUGAUGAAAGAAGCCGUAGUCAGGUGAUCUGUUAGGGGUUCUAAGUUAUCACUCAAGUAAAUGUAGCCAUCAAAACGUAUAAUGUUCUUGGGCCUUAAUAUUGUGAUUUCAAGUUGUAUUCCUAUUUUAUUUCUUGGUUUUAUUAUUUUAUUUCUUGGUUAAGCCAAAGUUACCCUGAUUGUACAUAGUACACUCUUAUAGAGUUCUCCCUAAAUUGCUAUUCAUGUCUUGUAUAUGAUAUAAAGGUAUGAAAGUAAUUCUAAACAUGUCCAGAAUGAGACCACCUCUGACCAAGCCACACACCAACAAAACCCACCCCCUCGAUAUGUAUGCAGGAAAUUGUGUAGAAUCAGUUCACAUUCUCUUUAUUUCCGUGGACUAAAAUCAAUAGUGUAGAUGGAAUAGCUUCUCUUUUAUGUCUUUAUGUUGAAUUCUUCUUAAGGUGUCCCUACAGCUUCACUUUUUUUCUAAUCAACUUUAUGGCUGUUUUGUGUGUGGGUCGGGGUAUAGGAAUUGUUUUAGGGAGGGUAUUUUCUGAGUUCGAUUAAAAGGGGUGUUUUGGUCGGGGAUAUAAAGCCUGAUAGCACUGGAAAUAGUGUUUUAGCUGAGACAGCGAGAGUUUGCACUAAAGUCCUUGUCCUACUAAAGGAAGGAGGGCGUGAGACCUCAGCAAGGCCCUUGAGUUUCUGUGAGCACAGGGUGUUAUACACUCAACGGUCCAACACAGACAGUCCAUCCAUUCCCCUAACCAACAAGACUUAAUCAUGUAGAGGUUCUUCUGAGAAGUCUACCAACAAAAGACUUCAAAUGUAUGGGAUUUGAAUACAUCAAAACCUGAAGGUGCUCUGAAAGUUUUAGGAUGGUACACACAGAGGAGACAAAACUGUUGUAACCCUCUGAGCAGUGUGUUUAAGGUCUAGAUGUAUUCAGGUGUCCUUCAGUUAGAGUGAGUGUCCCUGGGACUCUCUGGCCUUGUCUGAGGACUAAGCUUUGUUUAAUGGGUCCAGUAGAAGUCUGAGGCUGGGCCUCCGUCUAGCUCCCAGGUGGACAUGGGUCAUGGGCAAGAACGUGACUUAAAAUGGAAGGAAUGGGAGAACCUUUCUCUCCCUCAUUCUAAUUUUAGAGAGCCACACUCUCAAUCCAACUCCCACUGUAGUGUUUGACCAAACUACUAUGACUUACUUGAAUGAAUUGGUUAUUGUGAGAAGUGUCCCUGUGAGAGAAACAUACUACUGGGUGAUGUAGUGGUGUAGCUCUCUCCUCCUUCGUGGUCCUAUGCUCCCAUUCCUGCUGAGACCUCCCAGCCUCCGCCCUAGACCACUGUUACUCCAACACGUUACGCUGAGAUGUCUCACAACUCCUUAAAGAGAAGACGUAUCGUUGGGGUUAAUCCAAAAUCCACCAGAUGUUUUGUUCCUAAUUCACUAUGACACAAAAUAAAAUGUCUGAAAGCAUUAAAAACGACACAAAACAUUUGAUAACAAUGAUAAUUGUAAUAAUCAUGGGACAGGAGUGGGUGGUGGUUGGAGGAGUGUGUUUUGUUAGUGGUGCUGCACACCUGAAUGUCCAGGCUGGUGAAGCACAGCAAGUUGAGGAUGACAUAUGUAGUAUGGCAUAAUGCACAGCGUGGCACUGGCACUUACACAGCCAUCCCUGGGGCCAGAGAGGCUGUUGGCUGGUUGGUUGGCCAGUUUAGGAGUUUCUCUACGUCAGUGGGCUACAAUGGUUUGCACAACGUGGGAGGGCCAGGAUUGGAGUGGGAAGGGACCAAAUUGGUCAGCAGCGACGACAUGGGAGAGACUAGAUCAGGGUUGCGGUGCAAUGGUUCAGGUUGCCCCAUCUUGUUGUGUUUCACUGGGAAUUAUAUGAUGUAGCAAAAUUGUGGAACUGGUGAUGGGGAAUGUUGAUCUAUUUUUCUGUGCUUCUAAGUUGAAAAACAACACUGAAAUACAUGGUGUUCCUGUUUCUGUUCAGUUUGUGGUUUGAUUCAGAAUUAACAUCUCUUUCUUUGCCUUCCAUGUACAAUUGGCAAAUUGUACCAAUGUUUAAAGAAAAUGGUUUUCAAAACAAGGAGUGCGGAACAGUUGGUUCCCCAUUGCCAUGUGACUGACCCCCCCCCCCCCCCCCCCCCCCCCCCCCGUUACUAUUGUUAAUGUUGAUUCAAAAGCUUGUCUGUGGGAGGGAGAGUGCUGAGAAGUGUGUGUUAAUCAGGUUGAAAUGUAUAAAAGUAGCUGGGUAUAAGAAGCACAGGGGGGGUUUCUCUCUCCAGACCUUGGUGUCCACUUCUCUACUGACUGGCCUUUGAUUACAGAUCACAGGCCCUCAGCAGGGGAAGCUAGGAGGCAAAGGGGGAGAGAGAGAGAGAGAGAGACUUGUGGUUUGAAGUCACCAACCAAUAGAGGAUACAUUCCAUAACUUCAUACUGUAAUUUCCACUUUUGAGUCUUGGCGUGGGGAGACGGAGGGGGUGGAAGGAGAGGAACAGUCAGCGUUUUACAGCCGAGUGUUUCAAUCUGUCCGUCCCCCCUUCUACCACCCCCAGUCUGACAGUGAGUUGGGCCUUUCCAGACCUGGCCAUCCAACUGCCUGUCUGUCUCAGCUUCUGCUAUUGUAACAAAGCACUUUGCAAAAGGCCAUCCAGAAUAUUGUGUGCUGUUGUUUUUUUGGUUAUUACUAUUGUUAUUAUUCUUGUUUAUAUUUUUGUUCUCAUUAUGGAUGAUUAUUUAAAUGCAAAAACUUCAUGAAAAAAUGAAAACUUGAAUAUUUGGGUUUAGGUCCAUUUGAGCUGCCGCCCCACAAGGCCAUACAUACACUUCUGGCACACACACCGUCUCAGCUGAUAGAUAGAUACUCCGAGUGGAAGGGUAAAGGCAAGGUCUCCCUAUCUCCACAUACAAUCUCAAAUAUAUUUGGAAAACAAGUCAUAUAAAAUCAUUGGGAGAGUUGCAUUGCACAGAAACUUCCAUAACAUAAGCUUUCUGAGAAGGCGAACUGUGCUGUACUACUUAAUGUCAAACAUGCAGAUUUAAAGCUGUUUUAUUUUGUAUCCCUCACAUCAUUUACACGUAGUAGCCACAUUAAUGUAUGCGGUGUCUAUGCCCUACACUAGUGACCCUUGUGUAGCUAAAGUAAAUUGCUGGAUCUGGUAUAAAAUAGACACAACCAAAUGAUUAUGCCAUUUUUUGUCACCUUUGGAUUUAAGGUUUUUUACAGAAUCGAUUAAUUGAUUGGCCUCAAUAGAUUUUUUUUUUUUUUCCUUCUGUCAAAUCAAAAUUAGUUUCAGCAAAAUAUAGUAUGUAGACAUAUAGCAGGUGUGAGGGAGAAGAGUUAUUAUCAUUGUAGAAGGAUUUCUGACUGCAAAAAUGACAAUAAUCAUCCAUACUAGUUUAGAACUCUGCUGCACAUUUGGGGGAGGCAGAAUAUUUCCUGUCUGUCAGGCUUGGAUGCUAAAAACCCUAUCCUCUUCUUUAAAGUCAUUUUCCUUAAACAUUGGCUGUUAGUGUCUGUUGGAAGUUAUGCGGGAUAGGUGGUUUUGGAGAUUUGCACUUUUGGCUACAAAAAUAAAUUGUGUUGUAUAUGAGACCACUAAAUCCAUACCAUCUAAACCAUAUAAUUUCAUUUGUUUCGGUUUUUGUUCUGUUUUUCUUUUUUAAUAUAUCCAAAAAUGUCUGUUGUCCUGGUUUAAAGAAAUUUCUAUUAAAAAAAAACAAUGGUUGCGA